AUGCCGUCCCACACAGAACUCCGGAAGGGCUGUAAUCAGGUUUUGAAUCGUCUUAAAAAGGGUGUUGAUGGCUCCGUUUAUUGCAUCCUUUGUUCCCUUGAGCUUGGCGAUUACGAGGCACUCUUGCAGCAUCUCAUGCUGCAGCAUGCGGUAUUUUGUUCAGCGUCCGAGAACGUUUCGGAUUUGGAUGGUUUUUUUAAUCAUUUAAAAUCCCGUCUGCUUGGGCAAGAGAUCGAUGAUAAGGGGGAGCGGUCUGAGGAGGCGUCUGAGUGGUGCUGCCCGGUGUGCGGAGAGGAGUUAGAGGAGCCCACACCAGCCGCGUUGGAGGAUCACAUCACAACCCUAUUCCAUCAACACUGGAAUGUUAAAGCAAUCCCCUCGUUGGCGCCGUUUUGCUUAUGCGCCUCGCCGGAUUCCUCGACCAGUUCGUCCUCCGGAAGCGAGCGUACGGACGCAGAUAAUCACGAGGAGGAGUGGAUUGAACGAAAUGAGAACAGCUCGGAUGAUAAUGACGACUUUAACGAGCCCUGCAUCUGUUUGUUCUGCCCGCACGAGUCGAUGGAUUGUCUAGAGCAUAUGCGGGAGGUGCAUGAUUUUGAUUUCCCUGCUAUCACCCGCGCUCGGCCGGACUUGCGCGAUGAGUACGAUCUCAUCGCGCUUAUCAACAUUGUGCGGCGCUCUGUCAGCCUGAAACGCUGCCCGUGCUGCGGCGCGAAUCAGGAUACGAUCGAAAAAGCAAAAGACGGGGUUGAUACUGCGUGUGCGAACGAGAAAUACGUGGAGGAAGAUUUCUUAGAAAAGCACCUGCGCGCCUUUCCCUCGCAUCGCCUGCCUUCUUCCAUGGAAACGCGGCAGGAUGCGGAUUUGGUUCCGUAUCUGCCUGGCGAUGCACUAAUUUCCCUAGUGGUGACCUCCGGCGAAGGAUUUUUGGGUAGCGAACCAACCGAUCCCGACUUUCCCAUGGUUCCAACCCUGCAAGAAGUCAUCGCUGCCCGGAAUGUAAGAGGCCUGAAAAAGGCGUGUUAA